ACUAACUUGGAUCUAAAUAGAAUAAAAAAAAAUUAAAUAGAAAUUUGUAAUUUAACGAGGCUUAUUUUCAUAUUUUAAAUACAUAUUUCACAUCUAAUUUGUGUCCUUUUCCUUAAAAAGAGUUCCCCAAGUUGUAGAAGUUACUGGUCCAUAAAACCUGGAUCCACUCCUCAAAGGAAACACAAGCUAAGAUUUAUUUUGUGGGGGCACCUUGGUGGCUCAAAGUCGGUUAAGCAUCUUAUUCUUGAUAUUGGCUCAGGUCAUGAUCUCACAGUUUGUGAGAUUGAGCCCUGCAUAGAGUUUUGCACUGGUAGUGCAGAGCCUGCUUGGGAUUCUCUCUCCCCUCUCUUUCUCUGCCCCUCCCCUGUUCAUGCAACCUCUCUCUCUGUCUGUCUCUCUCUUUGUCUCAAAAUAAGAUUUGUUUUGUGUAAGUGUUGAAAUAGGUACUUCAAGUGACAGUUAAGGGAGUCCCAUGUUUUAGUAUUAUGAUAGAUGAUAGAGGUAAAAAUUUUGAAAGAUUUGGGGUAGAAUGGAAUGUAGCUGUUUAAACAUCUACAGUGGGUUAGAGUGAUAAUAUCUUCCCUUAAAUUUUGUCAGAUUUUUCUAGUACAUGGCUAUGGCAGCUUUGACGAUAUUUUCUUCAUUAAUGUUUUUCAGAAAUUAGAAUGGGGGAGAUCUGAUGAGGGGAAAGAAGGCCUUUACUGUGUGCCAGCUAAUGAAAACACAAUCACUCCCUGUUGUAUAAUAAAGAAUUUGGUUUUUACCCUGGGUUCCUGGUACAGAGCAACUAAAACCCAUGGAAUAUCCCAAGUGACAGAGUGUCUUUGUUAUUUAUGAGCUACUAGGAUUGCUGUGCUAUCACUGUCAUUAUUCUAAUGAAGUGACUCAUGGUGGGCCCCUAGCUCACUUCUGAAGGGGGGCUGAUCAACCAGGAAGAUCAAAUCAUGUGAUUAUUUAGAGGGUUUGGACUUAGAGCUAGCCCACCUCUGGGAAGGGGGUUUGGAGAUUGAAGUCAUUCAUGUGGCCAAUGAUCCAAUCAUUGUAAUGACAUCCCAGUAAAAACUCUGGACAGUGAAGCUCAGUGAAACUUCCUUCUUAAUGAACAAAAUACUUUGCAGAAAUGUGUUGCACUCUGAUUCCACGAGGGGAGGGCAUGGAAGGUCUGUGUUUGGGACUCUUCUAGACCUCACCUUAUUUGUCUCUUCAUUUGGUUGUUCUUGAGUUGCAUUAUUUACAAUAAAACUGUAAUUGUAAAUACAAUUGACCCGUGAACAAUAUGAGGAUUUAGGGGUGCCGAUUGCCCAUGCAAUUUAAAAUCCAUAUAUAACUUUUGAUUACCCCAAAACCUAACUACUAAUAGCCAACUAUUGUUGAUUUACACAUAUUUUGUAUGCUAUACGUAUUAUAUACUAUAUUCUUACAAUAAAGUAAGCCAGAGAAAAGAAAAUGCUGUUAAAACUAUAUGGAGGAGAAAAUACAGUACUGUAAAAAAUCUACUUGUAAGUGGACCUGCACAAUUCAAACCUGUGUUUUCAAAGGUCAAACUGUAUAGCACUUUCCUCAGUUAUGUGAGUCAUUCUAGUAAAUUAUUGAACCUGUGGGAGGGUAAUAGAAAACUCCAAAUUUGUAUGUAGUCAGAAGUGUGGGUGGUCUGAUGUGAGGGAAACAUGCUAUGAACUGUGUCCAUUAACUUGUGGGAUCUGUGCUAACUCUGGGUGAUUAGUACCAGAAUUGAAUUGCAGUACACUAGUUGAGGUUGAAAGAGACAGAUUCUAAAAUUAAUUGCCAAAAUACUGAAUCCAAUUUAGGACUUGGUAGUGUGUAGCACUAAACAAAAUACAUGAACAAAUUUCAUAUGAAGAUGUUCAACUUGAUUCAUAGAAGGUAGAACAUUUUAAUUUUUGGCCUCUACUGUGUUCCAGUGUUUCAUUGUCAUGAGAUGUUAAUCACUAAUUCACAUGUUGUAUCAAUUAGGAUUGAAUUUGCAUAUGAGAAAGUCCAAAAUUACAGCAACAGAAGCAAGAUAGAAUUUAAUUUUUCUUUCAUGUAAUAGAAGUCUAUAAGUUGGUAGCCCAGGUUGGCUUGACAGCUUUACAGUCAACAGGAACUGAAGCCCUAUCUUUACUAUGCUGGCUUCCAUUUUUAGGGUCCUCUUAUAGUGACUAUUACUUUAAGGCAUGUUAGGUCUUAUACUAGAUCUUGUCCUUAGUCUAUAAAACAGACCCAGUCCCCAACCUCAUGGAGUUUUUAAUGUGUGAAGAAGCAUCCUGUGAAACAAUGUGUAGUAGGCUUCAAAUAGUGGCUUCUCCUUGGGAAGGAUAGAGGUGAUUUCUGAAUAGGAUAGAUUAGUAGCAAAAAUAAUAAUUAUGAUGAUAUAAUCAGAAAACUGUGAGUGAAUCUAUUAACCUUAAAAAUAAAACUGCCAGUUAUUUUAUCAGCAAAAGUGGGUUUGUUUGGGAAUAGUAGAGAAUUGCAAUUAGGGACAAGCAAGCUGUGGCAAAACCAUAGACAAGUCCAGCAAAUAAAGAAAGUUAUGCUCUUUUAUAGGGGAAAGUGGAAAUUAGGAACUUUUAUAAACAAAAAAUCCAUUGGAGUAAACUGGGAGUUUGAGUACAGUGACUUUCAUUGGGUGAGUUGUGACAGUCUCUCAUUGGCUAGGCUGUUGCCUGGGGACCAGGAGAACCUUUCUUCCUCCUGCUGAGUUAGUAAAGCAGUAGCUAAAAUAGUAUGGAUUUGCAAGAUUCAUCUCUUCUGUUGGGUCCGCAUUUGACCACCAGUGGUAGGGUGCUCCCCAUCUGUACUCCUGGCUCUAUUUUAAUGAGGUUUCUCUUUGUGAAUUUUUACAAAAUAAGUGGUAAGAUAAUCAUAUAGUAUGCUAAAGGAAAUAAUAAAAGAAUCUGUAUAAGAUACAGAGGUAGGUGCGCCUGGGUGGCUUAGUUGGUUAAGUGUCUGGCUCUUGAUUUCGGCUCAGGUUAUGAUCUCACACGGUUUGUGGGUUUGAGCCCUGCAUUGGGUUCCCACAAACCACGCCCCCCAACCACCCAACCGCACCACCCCUGCUCCACAACAGCUCAGAGCCUGCUUGGGAUUUUCUCUCCCUCUCUCUCUGCCCCUUCCCUGAUUGCACUCUCUCCCUCUCUCAAAAUAGAUAAUAAAAUAAACUUUUUAAAAACCUUAAUAAAAAAAAGAUACAGAGCUAGAGGUAUGAUUAACUUCCAGUAGUAUCAGUAUUGAAAAUCAACAGGAUAGUCUUUCAAAUGCGUUGAAAACCUCUAUCUGGUUUCCCUCUGAGCCUCCUUUUUAUUCACACUUUAGUUUUCUGGUUAGCCCCAGAAUUUCUUGGUUGUGUCCUGCCUUCAGUGCUUACAUAAUUUUCUCUCUGGAAGUUUUUGCUCUCCACAAGAAGCUAACUUUGGUUUGCUUUGAAAAUUCAAGAUUCCUUAAAAGGUUAUCUGAGAGCCUUCUUGAUCUCCAUCAUGCUAAUCUUUCCGUUGCUCACAUUAGUACUUUUUGCGCUUUACUGAAAUUGUUUUUGGUUUGCCAUUUCCUUUAAAUUGUAUAUUAUUUGAAGAUAGAGACUGUGUUUUAAUUCUUUCAGCGCUACUGAAAAUAAAAUAUUUACAUGAAAAAAUUUUUUUAGUGUAGUGUUCUUAACCGCAUAUGUGUUGUGGGAUUGUUGAGUGUAAUGGUCAAGAAAGAAUUCUUGAGACAUUUUAUGGUGCAACUUAGUAAGUUUAUUUAAGUAGCAUGGGGUCAGGACCUGUGGGCAGAAAGGGCUGCACUUGCUGUAUGAAGCUGGUGUUAUAUGCUUAGUGCUCAGGGGGGUUGGGACAUGCAAGGAGUAUUAGAUCAUAAAUGUUUUCUUUGAGUUUCUACUUGUAAAACUACUUUCACAAGAUUUUUCUGGUGUUUAUUAUUCAGUUUGAUAUUAACUAUUGGUGAGAUAUACAGGCAGUCAUGAGACCCUUUUCAGAAUGUAGCAACCAGUGGGUGGUGCCGCUCUCCUGCCCCACAGCCACCUGCUGCUUGGCCACAUCCGCACCUGCGCAGUGCUCAGGAUGGCUGGCAAAACACAGAGGCUAAGUGAUGAGGAGAGGAACCAGCUGUUGGCAAACCUGAGAGCUCUAGGGUGGAAGGAGCUGGAAGGCAGAGAUGCUAUCUUCAAGCAGUUCCAUUUCAAAGACUUCAUUUGGGCCUUUGGCUUCAUGAUGAGGGUGGCCCUGCAGGCUCAGAAACCAGACCACCAUCCCGAAUGGUUUAACAUGUACAGUAAGGCCCACAUCACCCUGAGCACCCGUGAAUGUGCAGGCCUUUCAGAACAGGACAUAAACCUGGCCAGCUUCAUUGAACAAUUAGCAGUGUCCAUGACAUAGGCCCUGCCCUUCCUCUUUGAAAUCUUUGGGGGAAGUGGAGGGACUGAUUUGGGAAUCCAGGGAGGGAACUGGGGAGCCCUGAGAUGUUCUACAGCCAGAAUUGCCAAGUGGACUCUGCUGCCUCCGUUUAGGGGAGAGUCCUUGCUGUGGUAAGAGGAGGUGCCAGCCUCACUGCCGACCACUCUUUAUCCCCAGCGCUCUGGCACACGUAUGCUAAUCGAGUACGAUCUUCCCCUUCUGUAGGACUUCCCAACAACAGUAAUGGUCUUCUUGCCAGGCUGUGUCUUGCUCCUUUUCUGAUUCAUUUCCCAAGAAGCUGUGUCUAAGAUGCACAGUCUUAUCUUAGAAGCCAGGACCCUAAAGUCAACCCCCUGGUAUGUGACAGAAACACGUGUACUUUUAUGUCUCAAAUAAAACUAUUGUUUCAAUUGGGAAAAAAAAAAAAAAGAAUGUAGCAACCAGUGCUUACUUGAUCCUUAU